AUGGCCGACACGUAUCGGCCUCCGCCACGCAACGGCGGCGGCCGUCGACAUACCAACGACGAUCCACCAUACCGCGCCAACUCACCACCCCGACGCGGCGAUGACUCGGGCUACAGUUUCCGCGGCGCUGCUGGAGGCGACAGCUAUCGUCCAGCACAGUUCACCUUCAACGCGCCCGGCCCACAAGCUCGCUUUCCUGACGUCCAGCCACCUGCGCGUAAGAAGCCAGGCAAGGGCUUCAACGGGCGACAGCAGAACAAGCCGCAUCAAGGCGGCCGUCCUGGCUGGCAGAACAAGCCGUUCUUCAAGCCACGCGCAGCACAUGACCGUGCUAUCUUGAAGCAUGUAGAUGACGACACCACCACAGAGCAGAUGACAGGCAUGAACGGUGACAAUCAGCCAAAGUUUGCCGAGUACAUCAGCAGCAGUGAAGAUGAGUCGGAAUCGGAUGACAGCAGCGACGAAGAUGAGAAUGACGGCGAGUCGCGUAAGAAGCGCGUCAAGACUGACAAGGCAGAUGGUGAUGAGAAGCCAAAGUGGUCCAAUCCCGAUCCGUAUAGUGUACUGCCGCCACCCGAUGCCGUUGCCGGUCCGAAGAAGGAUAUUGUGCAGACUAUCCGCAAGGCCAAGGUCGAAACAGCCGCACAAGCUGCUGGUACCAACGCCGUCAAGGAGAACGCAGACUUCAUCUCCUUCGACUUCGGCGAGAACGCUGAUGACGAUGACGAGGACGACGAUGGUCAGCACAGCGUCGGCGAGCCACCUGCACCAGCUUCCACCGACUACGUGAUGCCCACCGACCAAGAGUUGCUAGAUAGGUUCAACAGCACCCAGAAUAUGAAGGGUAACAAGCGUAAGCGAGGAGUUGAGGAAGCUACAAGCCUUGGCGAUAUCGUCGAGGAGUGGUUGCCCAACCAUACCAAUCCGACUCCGUGGCUCCAGCCCGAUCCCGCCUUCACCUCGAGUGUUGGUCUGAAGCUGCACAAGGAGAUUCUCGACUUCUACGACUACGUGCGCCCGCACAGGCACGAGGAAGAGCUCAGAGAUGGCAUCAUCGAUCGUCUCCAGCGCGAUCUGAAGUACUACCGCCAGGCCGGACAAUCUGUCGGCAACAUCGAGAUUCGAAGCUUUGGCUCGUUCCCAGCCGGUCUGUACCUACCAACGGCGGAUAUGGACCUCGUUGCGCUGUCAUCAGACUAUCUCGAUCAUGGACAAAAGUCACUUUGUCAGAAUAGGAAGCACAUGUGGAAGAUGUCUGAUCACUUCAAUCGCAGCACGCUGCCGGCUCCUGGCUCUGUAGCGCCAGUCAUUGGAGCCAAGGUACCACUGGUCAAGUUCGUCGAUGGACACACCGGCAUCAAGGUGGAUCUCUCUUUCGAAAACGACUCUGGACUGCAUGCCAACAAGACCUUUCAAGGCUGGAAGGAAGAGUUUCCCGAGAUGCCCGUGCUUGUCAUGAUCAUCAAGCAGCUCCUGGCUAUGCGCGGACUCAAUGAAGUGCACACUGGUGGCAUUGGCGGGUUCACCAUCAUCUGCCUCGUGGUGAGCAUGCUACAGCUUAUGCCCGAGAGCGUAAGAAACGGCAUGGACUUCAAUGCCCGCUAUGGCGAGCUUCUGCUCAACUUCCUCGACCUAUACGGCAAUAAGUUCAGCCUGAUGAACACCGGCAUCCAGAUGAAACCACCAGGCUACUUCAACAAGAAUGAUCGCCCUAGCAUCGGCAAAGCCAAGCUUGGCCGUCUCAUGAUCAUCGAUCCCAACCGCAAUGAUAACGACAUUUCUGGUGGUUCAACCUAUGCCAACAAAGUGUUUGAGACAUUCUCCGGUGCCCGUGCCGCCAUUCAACGUCGUCUCAACCAGGUCCGCGCCGGCCAGGCAGGUGACGGGAGCAUUCUGGGUUGUGUCCUGGGCGGCAACUACUCUUCCUUUAGGGAGCAACGCGACAGACUCGACCGUAUCGACCGCCAAGACGCAGCUCGAGAUCAACCACAACCGCAGUCUUACCGUCAGCCUCCACCAGUCCAGCAGUACUACAACGGCAUGUACGAACGCGCUCCGUCCCCGCGUCGUGGCCAGGCGUACGACCGUUGGCACAACGACUACUCCUUCCAGCCGCUGCCACAGCAGUACUCACAGUACCAGCAGUACCCACCGCCGCACGGUUUGCCCGCUCGCCCGGCACUAGCUCCUCACCGGGCGCCGGAACCUGCUAAUAAUGGUCCGGCUGGUAAGAAGCAGAAGCAGAAGAACAAGCCGAAGCCGAAGAAGGUCAAGCCAGUUGAAGCUGGACCCAGCACUGCAAAGGAGAAGAAACAGAAAGCGAAAACAAAGAAAAAGUCGAACAAGAAGGAAUCGAACAAGAAGACUACUGGCAAGAAAGCUGCCAAGAACGCAAAGUGA